AUGGUGCAAAUUGACGAACCUCUUCAUCCAUUAUGGUUAGGUAUAUUAAUGUUAUUUUCUGUAAUGAUUAUUCUUGGUAUAUUAUGUUUUAUGCGAAGAAAAUGUGGUUCACAAAUACGUCAUGUAUUUAAAGUUUUGUGUUGUGGAAGUGAACAUAAUAAUGAACAUCGUGUAAAAACAUCUAAACAUUCAUCAAUGAGUACUGCAUAUAAUUGGGCACCAGUAUAUAAUCCUGCUCCUCAUCAGUCACCAAAAUUAUAUACAUUAGUUCGAAAUAUUCAAAUGACUAGUUUUGAUAGAGAACAAGCUAUACAAGAAACAAAUAAUAGUGAUGAUAAUGUUGAAAAUGAUAUUUUUUCAAUACCUGAUGAAUCUGAUCAAAUUAAAACAUCUACAAAUCGAAAGAUUUCUCAAUCAAGUCAAGGAUCAAAUCUUAAACGAAAUUGUGAAACAGCUCGAAAAUUUUAUGCAAGUAUGCGUCGAACAAGUCAAUGUCAAACAACAUCAUCAAAUAAUAGUACUACAAAUGAUUCAUCAUUAAUAACACACGACCGAUUAAUCAAAACAAAUCAUAAUGAUAAAUUAAAAUUUUUUCAUACAACACGCUUCUUUAAUCAUUAG